UCCUUUCCCUAAACUCGUUAGUUGUUUGUCGUUUUUGCUGUGCAUUGAGACCAUAAUAGGCCAUCAAUUGGUGUGUGGACUGACAGUACUUGCAAAUUGCUACGGUGGCGCCACCUAAUAGUCUACUGAAGACUGAUGUGAUGAUAAAGAUGGACUGGUAUGCUAAAGCGUCCUCUCUGCACAGACUAAAACCCUGUUUCCAAACCGUUUCCAGAAGUAGAACCGCAUUUUACUUAUUUUAUCAUAUCAGAAGAAAACCCUUUGGGGAAAAAACUUGAGAUUUUGCUUCUUUUGGUAUGCUCUGAACUUCUGAAGAACAAGUUCAUAAGCAAAUUACAUUGUUACAAUGGGUACUGACACUGAGGCUCCAAGAGGAGACAUUGCUGUUGUAUCCUCAAGAGUGAAGUGGAGGAUUGAUAACUUUUCUAAGUUGAGCAAGAUGCAUUUUUCGGAUGCAUUCUCUGUUGGUUGUCAUAAAUGGCGGUUUCUAAUGUAUCCUAAAGGAGCAAUUGAGGGAAACUUAUCGCUUUACCUUUGUGCUGUGGGCUUCUCCAAUUUCCCUUAUGUAGACUUCUAUUUGGGAGUGAUUAACCAAUUUGAUAAUAGCUAUACAGUCAGAAAAGGUGCGCAUUACAAGUUCACUGCACUAGAUCGUGCUCGGGGUUUCACAUCUUUGAUGCCUCUUAAUGAACUCAAUGCCCCCCGUAAAGGAUACAUUGUGGAAGAUAGUUGCAUAAUUGAAGCUGAGAUUUCUAUGCCUGGAGUUCCUGAGUAUCAUAUACCAACUUCUUUGGAGGUGCACAAUGGUAACUCAAUGGAAGUAGAACUGAGUGUAGAGGCGCUCGCUGAAGUUGUGACGCCUACAGAAGAUAUCCACCCAGUUGGGGUAAUGGAAGCUGUAGCUGAGGUCAAAGUUUCUGGUGCAUCAAAUCAAAAUAAGUUUCCAGGUGCUGGCCGACUAUAUGAAGAAGGUAGAUACUGCAAAGAAGUUGUUCUGGAUGAGAAAUAUGAAGAAGUUGGAGGCUUCAGGGUACUGAAAACACAAGCAUCGUUGUAUAAAGAGAUCUGGUUGAAUUAUGGGCACAUUGCUUCAAGCCAAGUUCUUAAGGAUUUAUAUUCUUCCCAGGUAGCCAUUGUCACUGAAAUAAUGACUUGUAUUGUGGAUAUAUAUUGGUACCGUCUUGAGGAGGUUUCUUCAGAAAUGAUCGACACGUGGGAUAAGAAGAUACAAGUAGCAGAGAAACUUGAAUUCAACAUCAGUUGGCUUCGUGAGCGCUUAGAAGAUAUUAAGAUAAAAUUUGCUGGGGAGAAGAAGCUUCAGGACACAUUAAUGCAACAGGAUCAGGCAAAGUCACAAGUUCUCGAGGCUGAGCAGCAGUUGGUCUUAGCAAAUGAAAGGUUGAAUAUAGCAAAAGAGCGACUUUUCGGCUUGGAAUCUAAGACUUCUCCCUUACUUAUGGAGAGACAAAAUUUUCUAAGAAAAUGUGGCGGUCGUUUGCUGCUUUUUGAUGGCGACACGAGCGUGCCACUUGCCAUGGCUCCAGUGGAAAAGGAUGCAACGCCGACAGAACAACCUAUUGAUAACAGCAACUCAGAGACAGUGCAGCUUGUCAUGGCUCCAGUGGAAAAGGUUGCAACGCCAAUAGAAGAACCUACUGACAACAGCAACUCAGAGACAGUGCCACUUGUCAUGGCUCCAGUUGAAAAGGUUGCUACGCCGAUAAAAGAACCUAUUGAUAACAGUAACUCAGAGACAGUGCCUUGUACAGGAAUUGCAGCAUCAAUUCCUCGAAGAACAAGAACCUUGACUACAUCCAUAUCACCAGCUAAUGAACCAAAGAGAAAGUCAUCUGGUGGUAAUGGUCAACAUUUGGAAAAGAAACCAAAAGCUUCAAAAGAUGGGUGUGCAGCUUCAUCACAAAGUAUUAGCGGCUCUCCCAUGCCUUCAAGAGGUUCAUUGUCACCAGAAACCAUGUCAGCAGCUAAUGAACCAAAGAGAAAACCAUCUGGUGAUGGUGCAGGUGGUGGUAAUGGUCAACAUUUGGAAAAGAAACCAAAAGCUUCAAAAGACGGGUGUGCGGCUACAUCACAAAGUAUUAGCGGCUCUCCCAUGCCUUCAAGAGGUUCAUUGUCACCAGAAACCACCUCGACACCAAAUGCUAAGCAGCUAUUUACAGAGGAUGAAAUUACGGCUGUGUUGUUGCAGCAGCCUAUUAUGACAAGCCGAGAUCUUGUUGGCAAGUUCAGAACAAGACUGAAUACACCAGAAGAUAAAUUGGCUUUCUCUGAAGUUAUGAGGGGAAUUUGCAAGAUACAGACAAAGGAAAACGGAACCAGAUAUGUAGUGUUGAUGAAGUAAUAGAUUUCUGGCUACUAACUACAAGAAAUUAUGUAAAGAAAGAACUCAUCAGAUGGACAGUUGCUGUGUUCUUUAGCAACUACAGUUAUUAAAGAUUAGGUUGCAUUGCCAUUUAGUAAGUAUUAUAGGUGAAGGGUGGCAAGGAUUUUGGUAGAAAUUUUUAACCUUAUAAUCAAGCAGUUAGAACACUGUUUAGCUUGGUAGGAUGAACUACAGUUUUUGGUUUCACUUACUCUGAUAUACUCUUCCUCUGGAUUACUUUACAGUGAAUUUUGGUGUUACUUAUUAGUUGUUGUUUUCAUUUUAAUAUUUCUUGGUUAUUUGAUGUUGA